AUGACUGAUUACAAGGUACGUGAUAUCAGCCUCGCUGAAUGGGGCCGCAGGGAGCUUGAGCUCGCAGAGAACGAAAUGCCGGGUCUCAUGGAACUUCGCCGUGAGUACGGCCCUUCGAAGCCUCUGAAGGGUGCCAAGAUCGCUGGCUGCCUGCACAUGACUAUGCAGACUGCUGUGCUUAUCGAGACGCUUGUGGAGCUCGGUGCUGAAGUGCGGUGGGCCUCGUGCAACAUCUUCUCCACACAGGACCAUGCAGCCGCCGCGAUUGCGAAGCGGGGUAUCCCUGUUUUUGCGUGGAAGGGCGAAACUGAAGAGGAGUACAUGUGGUGUAUGAAGCAGACACUGAAGGGCUUCAGCGGUGAUGGUUACCCCAACAUGUUGCUCGACGACGGUGGCGACCUGACAAAUUACGUCCUGGAUGAGUGCAAGGAGCUGGACGGAAAAAUAUACGGUGUCUCCGAGGAGACAACGACAGGUGUAAAAAACCUGUACAAGCGGCUGCAGCGGGGUAAGCUGACCAUCCCCGCCAUGAAUGUGAACGACAGUGUGACGAAGAGCAAGUUCGACAAUCUGUACGGUUGCCGUGAGUCUCUCGUGGACGGCAUCAAGCGUGCUACCGAUGUAAUGAUUGCUGGCAAGACCGCAUGUGUCUGUGGAUAUGGUGACGUGGGCAAAGGUUGCGCGGCUGCGCUGCGUGGCUUUGGAGCACGUGUCGUUGUGACGGAGGUUGAUCCAAUUAAUGCGCUGCAGGCUGCGAUGGAGGGCUAUCAGGUGCUAUUGGUUGAGGAUGUUGUCGAGGAGGCACACAUUUUCGUCACGACGACCGGCAACGACGAUAUCAUCACAUCGGAGCAUUUCCCCCGCAUGCGUGACGAUGCAAUUGUGUGCAACAUCGGCCACUUCGACACAGAGAUCCAGGUGGCGUGGCUGAAGGCAAAUGCGAAGGAGCGCGUGGAAGUGAAACCGCAGGUGGAUCGCUACACCAUGGCCAAUGGCCGCCACAUUAUUCUUCUGGCUGAGGGUCGCCUGGUCAACCUGGGUUGUGCUUCUGGCCAUCCCUCCUUUGUGAUGUCGAACUCCUUCUGCAACCAGGUCCUUGCCCAAAUUGAGUUGUGGACAAACCGAGACACCGGCAAGUACCCACGUGGCGCCAAGGCUCAGGUUUACUUCCUACCCAAGAAGCUUGACGAAAAGGUUGCUGCAUUGCACCUCGGCAAGCUGGGCGCUAAGCUGACAAAGCUCACACCGAAACAGGCAGAAUACAUCAACUGUCCUGUCGACGGUCCCUUCAAACCUGACCACUACCGUUACUAA